AUGAGUGAAAUUGACAGAGUUCUCCUCACAUAUUUGCGAUCAGUCAAAGCUAUCAGUCAUGGAUCUUUAAUUGAAAAAUUCAGUUAUAUUCUCACAAACCUUUCAAACUCAGAAGACCUUCUGAACCAGCAACUCGAUCUUCUGAACCAGCAACUUGAGCCACUUCUUGACAAACACAUUGCAUCCAUCAAUACAAAUAUAACCCAGCAUGGCUUCAAAAUCGACAGGAGAAAAGACGAAAUUUCUGGGGUUCUCUACUUUGUCUUCAUCAAUUCUAUACUGGAUGAUGUUAUCAACCUGAGCAGCAACUACACAGUACCUGAACUAGACACUAUCAAACGGAUCAUCGCCGAACUUGUAGAGGCUUACGGAUUCCAGUUCCUGAUCGGGAGAGUCAAUGCCAAACAACGAGUGGCUUCCAGUUUGAACAAGUCGCUUGCCGAAGCCGAUUUCUUCGUAGAUAGACUUAUAGAUGACGGCUGGUUUGUGUCUACUAAGGAUGAACGACUUUUGCUUUCGAUACGAGCCUUGAGUGAAUUGAAAACGUACUUAGUAGACACGUUUGGAACUACUGCCGAUGCCGACGGUGGAAUCAUGCAUUUAUGUCAGCAUUGUAAAGAGUUGGUGACCUUGGGAAAAACGAAGUUAGAAGGCGACAUCAGAUUAUCGUUCCAUUAUAAAUGCUACGACGUGUAUUCGAGA